AUGUUCGGUGUGCAGAAAUUUACAAUUGUUUCAAAACCUAGUCAUAGGCUAAUAAGCAGGACAUUUUACAGGGCUCUCACUACUAAGAAUGAUAUAUUGCAGAUCCUUCGGGAAAGAGGCCUGAUUCAACAAGUGUCACAACCUGAAUCUGUUCUUACUCAGAAACUACUCAAUGGUGAUAAGAUCAAGUUAUAUUGCGGUGCGGAUCCCACAGCAAAAUCAUUGCAUCUGGGCAACUUAUUGCCUCUAAUGAUUCUUUUGAACUUUUACAUUCGAGGACAUGAUGUAGUGUCUUUAAUUGGGGGUGCCACGGGGAAAGUUGGUGAUCCAAGUGGUAGAAAGACUGAGAGAGAUGUGAUUGAGGAGAAUAAAAGGCAAGAGAACAUCGAACGAAUUGUUUCCCAAUUUAAAAAAUUCUUCACCAACGGUCUUAAAUAUUAUGAAAGCAGGAUGCAAUCCCAGAAUGCAACCGUCGCUUCUCAGGCAGGUGAAGUGUUUUAUAGAAACAAUAUUACCUGGUGGAAGGAUGUUAAAAUGUUGGAUUUCUUAGCCUCAUAUGGGAAGCAUAUUCGUAUUCAGAGCAUGUUAGGACGUGACUCAGUGUCUUCAAGAUUACAGAGUCAGGAUGGUAUUGGCUUCAACGAGUUCACUUACCAGAUCUUGCAAGCUUAUGAUUUCUACCACUUAUAUUCCAAUGAGGAUGUUUCAGUGCAAGUUGGUGGUAACGAUCAAUGGGGGAACAUUACUGCAGGAAUUGACCUCAUAAACAGAAUUUCGCCUCAAUCCCUUAAAACUCGCCCUGCCUUUGGGUUGACGGUGCCUCUUUUGACAACAUCUACCGGAGAAAAAUUUGGUAAGUCCGCUGGUAAUGCAAUCUUUAUUGAUCCGGAAAUUAACUCAGCUUACGAUAUGUACCAAUUUUUUGUUAAUACAACUGACGCAGAUGUUUCCAGAUUCUUGAAAAUAUUCACGCUCUUAUCCAUGGAAUCGAUUCAGGAAAUCAUGCAAAAACAUGAGCAGUCACCAAACGAAAGAUUCGCACAAAAGUGUUUAGCCUUAGAAGUAGUCGAUCUCAUUCAUGGUGUUGGGAAAGGCUUGGAUGCACAAUUUGUGUCUAAAAUUCUAUUUGGCAACUCCUCGGACUUUGCUGACGUCAAGGCCAAUGACUUAAUUAGGGUUUUCACUGAGAAUAGAAUAUUGAACAGAGUGCCAAAAUCUGUAUCUCUUUCUGAUUUAGUAUGUCAGUUGACAGAGUGUUCCAAAAGUGAAUUCAAGAGGAAGGUGAAACAGGGAUCAAUCUACUUGGGCCCUAGUAAGACAAAAGUCACUGACGAUAUUGCUGACUUUUCGCCAUAUAUGCUUGACGAAAAAGUUCUACUAUUGAGAGUGGGUAAACAAAAGUGUUUCGUCGUUGAAUUCGUUUGA